GAAUGACUUAUUUCCAAGGAACUUAUGAGCACAUUUCUGGUAAACACAAGAUUUAAAGUGGUGCUUUUGUGUGAUUCUUUGUGGAGGAACUUAUGGUGUCUCACAGAAAGAAAGCUUGGAGCUGUUAAUGGUAUUGUUGGCUGUUUGUUGUUACAGAAUUUCUGUCUGAGGGGAAAGCGCAAUGCUGCUAAAGUUAGCUGUAGUACGUUUUUCCAGGGAGAGGAGGGGAAGAGGAUGGGAGAGAUCAUGUGUCAUUCUUUAUAAAUGAAACUUUACACGCCUACAUUGAAACUCGAACGUUGAUUUCCACAGACGACACAGACUUCUCGGCAGACAUGGCCUCAGCCAGCAGCCUCCCAUGUGACGAACAGUUCCUGUGUUCAAUCUGUCUGAAUGUGUUCACUGAGCCGGUCUCUACUCCAUGUGGACACAACUACUGCAAGACUUGUAUCACGGGCUACUGGGCCAGCAGUGACCGGACACAGUGUCCCCUCUGUCUGAAGAAGUUCCGCAGGAGACCACAGCUUCAGGUCAACACAGGGUUCAGAGAUAUGCUGGAGCAUUUCAACAACAUGAAGGUGAUAGAUGAAGAUGGCACCCUAGCCAAACCAGGGGAGGUGCCCUGUGACAUCUGCCUCGUGCCGAAGCUCAAGGCCCAGAAGACGUGCCUGGUGUGCUUGGCCUCGUACUGCCGGCCUCACCUGGAGCCUCAUGAGAGAGUCGCAGCCCUUAAGAAGCACCAGCUGAUCGACCCUGUGUCAAACCUGGAGGACAGGGUGUGUAAGAAGCACGACAAGGUGUUCGAGCUCUUCUGUCUCGAUGACCAGAUGUGUGUUUGUUACAUGUGCUUGAGAGACGACCAUGCGGCGCACGAAGCCGUCCCGUUAGAGCAUGCGUUCAGAGAGAGGAAAGUUCAGCUGGACUAUGUGACGUCAGAGAUAAAAAUGAUGGAAAACACUAAAUCCAGGAGUCUUAAGGAAAUGAAAUACUUAGUUGAACAGAGCAAGAAAGAGUCAGAGAAAGAGAUUACAGACAUUGCUGAGGUUUUCACUGCUCUACUGGUCUCUUUGCAAAGAAGCCAGGCUGAGCUGAUUGCGGUGAUCCAGGAGAAGCAGAAAGCAGCACUGAAGCAGGCUGAAGACCACGUGAUACAUCUGGAGCAAGAAGUCGCUGAGCUGAGGAGGAGAAGGUCCGAAAUGGAGCAGCUUUUACAAACAGAGGACCACCUCCGCCUCCUGCAGAGCUGGACGUCUCUCUUGCACACUGAGGACCAAAUCAACCCUCUGACCCACCCCACCCCUCCACUUACACCAGAACUCCCUGACAUCAGUCAGCAGAGUUAUGUGGGGAUGGUGAAAAAUGCAGUGGCUCAGAUGGAAAAGACACUCAGUAAUGAGAUGGAGGAGCUUAUUCAUGAGGUCAGGUUAUCUGAUGGUUGUGAACGGCCUGUUGGAGCUGAAAGACCGAAGACAGAUGGGUUUGUUAAAGAAGUGUGGACUCCGCCUCUGGACAAGCUGAUGAUGAUCCAGCAGUGCAAUGCAGUGGAUGUGACUCUGGACACCUACGCAGCCCAUCCAAGACUCGUGGUGUCUAGGGAUGGGAAACAACUGACAUUUGGUGAUGGGUUCCUGUCUUGGCUUGCUUUUUUCUGGACAGAAUCUCAAUGUCAACCCUUCAUCCUUGGGAAAAAGGGUUUUUCCUCAGGCAGGUUCUACUAUGAAGUUCAGGUCAGUGGGAGUAAAGGUUGGGUACUGGGAGUGGUCAAAGAGCCCUUAAACAGGGAAAUGAUUUACUUUCCUAUGCCGAAGGAUGGAGGCUGGACACUUAGUGGAAUCUACAACCAAGAUGAGGAAUAUUUAGCUAAUAACUACCCUGCACGCUCGGCUACCCUGCACGUGAGGCGAAGGCACCAGACAGUUGGUGUGUUUGUAGAUUACGAGAAGGGAGAGGUCUCCUUCUAUGACGUGGACGCCAGGACUCUGAUCUACUCCUACUCAGGGUGUGCCUUCAAGGAGACCAAACCAUUACUAAAAUUGUUUCUCCAUUUUAUGACUGGCACUCCCUUAAGUAACGGAUCAAAGCUCUACCCAUUUUUUGGUAUCUUUGAAGAUGAUUAUGACAGCAGGCUCGUAAUCACUCCUGUAGCCUGCACAACUUGCCCAUAGGCCUACAUCAGUGGUGAGAGGAUGUGUAACUUGUACCGAAUAGUUUUCUCAUGUCAGAUUUCAGACAUGUUAACAAAUUAGAGACUGUAGUAAUAGUAGUUGUAUCACACAUUACACAAGGACAAUACAACUCAGUGUAAAACAUAUAUUCUUUCAUUUAAUUCUAAGUUUUCUUUUUGUUUUUCCAGCCAUAUAGCAAAAAAAAAAGUCUUUAACUGAACAAAGCAAGUAAAGUCACUUACCUGACAGGUGGUGAUGAGGUUCAUUUCAAAGGUACAUCAGUCGUACACUAUAUUUACAUUCAUGUUGCAAUACCAGUAUCUGAACAGGAGAUGGAACCAUUGUUUAACCAGCGUUCUGGUCUGUUUCUCAGAGAUGCUACUGUAGUAGGAAAGAAGGAGUGGACAAUGGCAUCAGAGGAACCCAAUUUCAUCUUUGUCACUUUCAGAGGUGCGUUUGAUAUACAGUAAGGGUUUAAGUACAAAAUCUCUUGUCAUUUUGAUAAUCAAUUAAUCAUUAAAGUCAUUUUUAAUGCAAAAAUGCCCCCAAAAAUCUCUGUUUCUAGCUUCUCAGAUGUGAAUAUUUGCCUGUUUUCUUAGGCUUGUGUGAUAAUAAACUAAAUAUAUUUUGGUUUUGAACUGUUAUUCAGACAAGAGAAGAUACUUAAAUAUGUUAAUAUGGGCUUUCCACAAUUGUGUUGGACAUUUUUCAAGGUCUUCUGUCAUUUUACAGACCAAACGAUUAAUCAAGAAGAUGAUCAGCAUGUUAAUCGAUAAAGAAAACAGUCGUUAGUCGCAGGUUUAACUUUGGGCUCAAGGUUAGGCUUACAUAGCCUGUGGGGUUGCACCAUAGACUGUAUAUGAGAUGCACCACAUUUGCUUCUUUGAAUUUUAUUAUACAAUUGUGAGCAUGUAAUAUUUAUGUUUUGAUCACUUUAUGUGAAACCCAUUGACUUCAGGGUGCACAAUACACUCAUUGCACUUCUAAAUACAAGCUUUUUCUGAAGGUCAACGCAACUGGCAUAUUUGGCCAAAACAUAUCUGAUAAACAAGGGUUAAAACCAGGUUUUUAUCAUGUAUGUACUAUGCAUCUGAUAUGUAAUAUACAGCUUAAUAAAAGUGUCUUAAAAAUGA